UACUUUGUGUCUCAGAUGCCUUGAUGUGUGCGGCAUUUGGCUGCUAUUUCUAGCUAUGGAGGCUACCUUCUACUCGCUCCAUCGUUUCCACGUUUGUUUGUUGUGUGUUUUAGUUGGAGAAAUAUUCUCAAAUACACUCCCACCACAGAAAUGUUGAGAUACCAAUGCUUUAUAAUUUAUCGAAUGUUUGUUUCUUGAUAUGGGGAAAGGGACAAAAUAGAAUAUCAGAUGACAUUGGCAUAACAGAAGAUAAAUAGAAGCAAGAAGAAAAAUGUCUAUAUAUUAUGAAUUUUGAAGAAUGGAAAAGAGUGAGAAAUUGAAAGAUCUGACUUUUCCAGAAGAUACAGAACAAGGGGAACAAAAAUUGUCGCAUGACUGUGAUGUCUGUAUAAAGCCCUUCUCUGAAAAGGGCCACUUGAAUAAGCACAAACGUAUUCAUACAGGGGAGAAGCCAUUUCACUGUGAUAUCUGUGGUAAAUCAUUCUCUAAAAAAAUUAACCUGACAACACACCAACGUAUUCAUACAGGAGAGAAGCCAUUUCACUGUGAAGUUUGUGGUAAAUCAUUCCCUCAAAGUAAUAACUUGACAAGACACAAACGUAUUCAUACAGGAGAGAAGCCAUAUCGCUGUGAUGUCUGUGGUACAUCAUUCUCUGACCAAAGUGCUUUAAAUUCUCAUAUACUUGUUCAUACAGGGGAGAAGCUAUUUCACUGUGACAUCUGUGGUAAAUCAUUCUCUCGAAAAGGUAGCUUGACAGCACACAAACUUAUUCAUACCGGAGAGAAACCUUAUGAUUGUGGUGUAUGUUUUGCAUCAUUCCUUGGCCGAAGUGCUUUAAAUUCUCACAAGCGUAUUCAUACAGGAGAGAAACCAUUUCACUGUGACAUCUGUGGUAAAUCUUUCUGUCAAAAAGGUAGCUUGACUACACAUAUACGUAUUCAUACAGGAGAGAAACCUUAUCACUGUGAUGUCUGUGGUACAUCAUUCUCUCUGCGAAGUGCUUUUAAUUCGCACAUGCGCUUCCAUACAGGGAAGAAGCCAUAUCCUUGUGAUAUCUGUGGUAAAUCAUUCUCUCAGAAGGGGAGUUUGACUACACACAUACGUAUUCAUACCGGAGAGAAGCCUCAUCACUGUGAUGUCUGUAGUAUGUCAUUCUCUGACCCAAGUGCUUUAAAUUAUCACAUGCGUGUACAUACCGGGGAGAAGCCAUUUCACUGUGACAUCUGUGGUAAAUCAUUCCCUCAGAGUAAUAACUUGACUAGACACAAACGUAUUCAUACAGGAGAGAGGCCUUACAGCUGUGAUGUCUGUGGUACAUCAUUCUCUGAUCGAAGUGCUUUAAAUUCUCACAUAAGUGUUCAUACAGGGGAAAAGCUAUUUCACUGUGAUAUCUGUGGUAAAUCAUUCUCUCGAAAAGGUAACUUGGCUACACACAAACGUAUUCAUACCGGAGAGAAACCUUAUCACUGUGAUGUCUGUAGGACAUCAUUCUCUGACCGAAGCGCUUUAAAUUCUCACAUCCAUGUUCAUAUAGGAUAGAAGCCAUAUCAUCUGUAGUAAAUCAUUUUCUCAAAGUAGAGCUUAACUUCUCACAAUCAUCUUCAUUCCGGAGAGACACCAUAUUCCUGUAAUAUCUGUUCUCUUUCAACAGUGCUUUAACUUAUUAUGAAGGAGAGAAGCCAUGUUACUGUGACAUCUGUAAUAAAUGUUUCCCUUUUAAUAGUAAGCUAAUUAAUCGUAAACAUAUUGAGACACCCUAUUCUUGUGGUGUCUGUGGUAAAUCAUUCUCCCAAAAUGACAACUUAGCUACUCACAAACGUUUCCAUACAGGAGAGAAGCCAUAUCACUGUGAUAUCUGUGGGAAAUCAUUCUCUGUGAGUUCUAAUCAGACAUAUCCACACAGGAAACACAAACGAGAUCAUAGCAAGGGUGAAGUGUUCCCACUGAUAUUUGUGGUAAAUCUUUCUCUAUAAGUGAUGAUCAUGAUGGUGAUAAUGGGCGUGAUUCAAUGUUGUCAACAUUGAUCAUGCAAUUAACAUUAGACUAAAUCCGUUGCAAAGAUCAAAUGGUCUUAACUAACCAUUUAGUAUUUGAGCAACAGUUUUUAUCCCUGCACAGAGAGAAAGAGAUCAGAUCAGAACGACCGACGCUGCCCAACACACAGAACCAAGCCAUGAACUUGCUACAGAAUUUCAACCAUGAUACAACUUCCACUGUUCCAGAUAGAGUUCCUUAAAAUUUGUCAAACCAGUUACUUCACAAUAUGUAAGACAUUUGCCAUGUAUUUUUAUAAGGGGUUGUAAUAAAUAACAGUUGCAUUGAAUUUA